UCUCUGUGCCGUCUCCGAGUACGGACGGCGGACGGACAGAAUUUUGCAUCGGUCGACGAAUAUUUCGCGCGUGCCUUGUGUGGGUGUGUAUAAGUGGAUCUUGAUUUAAAGUUAUUGUGAUUGUGAUUAAUACAAGCUGGAAUUAUUCUGAUGAGGAAAGAUUCGUGAGCUAAGAAAAACAAGGAGGGCCACAGCACUAGUCAUCAUCCGUACAUUGCAAUCCCCGGCGCGCCAACGGUGAGAGUGCGAGCAAAAGUGAGCAAACGCGCGCGUCUUCCGCAGUAAGCGAGCGCGUGAGCGCGCCGUCGCCGUAAACUUCCCCUGGUCAACCGGUUUGCGCGUUAGCUAGUAGUUAGUCGCUGUUCGACCGGCACUGAGUCCAACUCGAUGAAACUGCGCGAACGGCUGCGACACAAGGCGAAAUCCGUGCUCCGAAGCUUGAAUGCGUGCAGUACCAGAAUGGACGAAGAUCAGCAAGGCAAACAGUCCAGCGGCAGCAGCUUCGUGGACAAGCGUAAACGGCACGGUCUGGUCAAAACGAUUCUGAACGUGGGUCACAAGUUCCUGGUACUGUUGGUGCGAUGGUUCCUGAAGACGGUCUAUGGCGAACAUGGGCAGAAGAUGCCCCCCAUCCGGAACCUGAUCCUGAUGGAGUCGGCUUCGUCGCUGGCGUUGAAGAUCCGUACGCGAAAGCUCACCAGCGUCGAAGUCACGCAAGCCUUCAUCGAGCGCUGCAAGGAAAUCAACCCACUCCUGAACUGUGUCGUUGACCAGUGCUACGAGGCGGCCCUAAAGGAAGCCGCCAUGGCGGACAAGCUGAUCGCCUCCCGGACGCUCACCGAAGAGCAACUGGCCAGCGAGAAGCCCUUCCUCGGCGUUCCGAUCUCGACCAAAGACUGCAUUCGGGUGAAGGACCUGCUCCACACAGCCGGUAUCUGGAAGCGACGUAACAUUCGCGGCGAGAAGGAUGCCCGCGCCAUGGAACUGAUGAGGAAAGCCGGUGCCAUACCGUUUGCGCUCACGAAUGUUUCCGAGUGCUGCAUGUGGUGGGAAAGUACCAACACCAUCCAUGGCCGCUCCUGCAAUCCGUACGACACGAAUCGCAUUGUUGGUGGAUCAAGUGGCGGCGAAGGUGCCAUCCAAGCUGCAGCAGGUUCACCCUUUGGAUUGGGCUCAGACAUCGGUGGUUCCAUCCGGAUGCCGGCGUUCUUCAAUGGUAUAUUUGGCCACAAACCGUCCCGGAAUGUGGUGUCCAACGAUGGGCAGUACCCGCAGGCGAUCAGCGACGAGCAGGAUAUGUUCCUUGGAAUUGGACCGAUGUGUCGCUACGCCACGGAUCUCAAACCUAUGCUGCGGAUAAUCGCCGACCAGAAUGCCGCCAAGCUACGGCUGGAUGAACCCGUCGACUUGAAGCAGAUCCGAUUCUUCUACCAGCAGAACGAUGGAGGCGGUUUGCUAGUGUCCCCAGUGGAUCUGGAUAUCCGGGACGCCAUGGAGAAGGUGAUGGCUCACUUCCGAAGCACGGUGAAGGCCGAUGUCCGGAAGGUGUACUUGGACAAGCUCCGGAAGUCGGCUCCCAUCUGGUUCGGGAACAUGAAGCACAAGGAGAACGUUUCGUUCGACGCACAGUUGGACAAUCUGGAAGGGAAGAUCAAUCCGUAUGCGGAGGCCUUGAAGUGGCUCAUCGGGCAGUCGAAUCACACGUUCGUGGGUAUCAUGACGGCGAUCACCGAGCGGAAGGGAAUCCAGUACGGAACGGACCAGUACCAUUACAUGGUGCGGCAGCGGGAUGAACUGCUGCAGGAGAUGAAGACCAUGCUCGGCGAGAACGGAGUGUUCAUCUAUCCGACCCAUCCGACAGUGGCACCGUAUCACAACGAACCGAUCGUGAGGGCGUUGAACUUCAGCUAUACGGGGAUCAUCAACGUGUUGGGUUUCCCGGCGACGUCGAUUCCGCUGGGAUUGGGUCGAGAAGGACUGCCCGUUGGGCUGCAGGUCGUGGCCAACGUGAACCAAGACAGGCUAUGUCUGGCUGUGGCGUGCGAGUUGGAACGUGCCUUCGGCGGAUGGGUUGCCCCGGAAGUGUUGGCUUAGGGCCGUUUCUGGGGAUACGAAGGGACCAGUGAUUAACGAAACGUAACUGAACGAAAACUUAUGUGAACUUACUGUAUGUGUUCGUUACGGACAUACAGAGAGAGCUUUAGAGGUAUUUGUGUGCGUUUGUGAACGCAGUCGAGCAUUUCGGCACCGGCCUUUUACUAUUUAGCAUAAAAGAUAUAUUUUGAUGGAGAAAAUAUACAUGGUUUAAAAUGGUUGA